AUGGCUACAUGGGCCUGGGAUGCGGAAAGUACCAUUGCUGCUACAAUUAAACAUCGACAACAUUACACAUUACGUAUCCUAAGGGAGGAAGAGGGAUCUGACGUACAAAUUUGCAUGCCUCCCGAGGGAAGAAUUAGUUCGCGUAGAAGCCUGGAGGAGAGAAUGGACUAUCUCCCACCUCGCCAGACCAGAAGUUAUCAUCAGUACAACAACAGCAGUCAGGGAUACUCCAGAUCAAGGUCGAUCGAUAACCGCGCAAAGCAGCAUAGUCAUCGCGAGCAGGAACAGCUUGAAUACGACGAUAGCACUCCAGCUGGGUUCAAUAUGGAGGACAUAUACGAGGAACAGCAAAAAAAUGAAGGUCCCAACAAGAAUCUUGAGGAUCGCAUUUCUAAUUCCAUGCCUGAUCAAGAUUAUAACGGAGAUGCCUCCCCGGGAGCGAAUGAAGAUAUCGAUCAAAACGAAAGCAAUUCUACAAACGGGAACCAAAGGAUUUUGGGGUCUUCUAAGGAGGAUGUACAAUCGACCCUUAACAAUGAAAUGGCGGGUGACAAUCAAAAAUCUGGAUAUUUAGGGCUCAACACGAAUCAGAAUGGUGGGAUGUCUAGAGGUUCGGCUGACAAGGAAACGAGUCCAACUACUUCCAAAGACUCUUCAGCCGCUUCUAAAGAUGUAGAUCCGAACGAGUUACGUCAGAAAGUUCUUGAGUCAUUGGCUGAAAAGAAGAAAAAGGCAGCUGUUUUUAUGAAUCAGGAGAAAGAGGGAACUGGGAAACUAGACCCUUCCCCAGAAAUUAAGACGGUAUCUGCUGCAAGCAAUGCUGUCAACGCUCUUUUAGCUGAAGCCAUGUGCUCGGUAAAACCAUCAUCUGGUAAAUCGGAUACCACAUCUACCGAACCAUCCAAAGCUGGACUUAGAUCCCCUAUUGAGGACUCAUUUGACCCAGCUCCUCGCAAGAAACACUAUCCAGAUGACUUGAAGCUUGCCACAAAGUCGACAGGAAAUGAGCACCAUAAAAACGCUUCCCCCAGGACAGGUCCAGAUCAUGAUCCUGACUCUUCUCGUCGGAGCAGUUUUGGAGGUCAAUAUUUCCCUUCAAAUCGGAAUGAGAAGCAGUAUCGAGGAAGGAAUGCUUCUCGGGAAGAUUACAAGGAAGGUCACGGUGGCAGUUUCAGUCGCACACCAACUUCAGCGACACGUUCAGAAUUUUCUCGGGGUCCACGUUAUGAACAUGAAGAACGGGAUAGAAGAGAUGGCUCCCGCCAAGAUGUUCGUCAUCGAUAUGAAGACCCUCCGCUCUCGGCAAAAGAAUUAAGACACCCAGGGGAAAAAAUAAGCCCGUCUGAUAGAGAAGGUCGAAGGAGCGAUAGUGACCAUCGUGGCCAUUAUGCAGAAGAAGAGGAAAAAGUUCGUGGACGCAGAGAUGAUCAAUUAUACAAAAUUCCAGAAGCGCCCAGAGAUGAAUCUAGGGACCCCUAUUCAAGAGCUUUAAGGCACCAACAAACAGCCUGGCAUGGGCAGGACCUUGGGAUCGAGGCUUCUUAUCUUGCUAGGCCUCCUAGCCACUAUCUUCCUCCCCGCGACGAUCCUCGCGUGAUCCGUCCUCCAGAAACAGAUUACGCUGCGCUUUAUUACAGGGAUUUGGCGGAAUGGCUUGAUAUUACCGGCUACCACGACUUUCAUCAUCGUCAGAUGAUUCUAGUACGCCACCGCGAUAACAGGGCUUUAGAGGAAAGAAGAUUGGCUAUAGAAGAUGAUCCAGAGGCCUCAAGAGGAUAUAUGGCACGUUCGCAGACAAUUGCUCCUCGGGAUGACGAUAUAAGAAGAGUGCGUGCAUCUUCUGCAUAUGCUAUGCCACCGCCAUCAGGAAUACCAUCCCGUGAUGAGCGAGAAUUAUCUGUCCGUGCUCAUGAGGGUGUGCCGCUUCGCGCCCCAUCCAGGGCAGCUAUGUAUCCACCUAUUCCAAGGGAUGAAAGACCACGUUAUACAGAUGAAUUUCGGGCAUCUCCCCCGGGCGAUGCUGGAAAUCUUAAGAGGCGGAUCUCCUUUCGCGAGGAUGAUUAUGAAGAUCAAUCCCGCCCUACUGGAAAAUCUGCUCGUCUUAGCUAUGAGGCUUCGCACCGUACACCCCAAUCAGAAGAAUAUAUCAAUAAUGAAGCAUUUGGUGCACAUAACAAGGGCUUUUCCAGUGCCCGUUCUGGGCAUACAGAGCCUGCUGACAAUAGACAUCCAUCGAGACGUAUCAAGGAAGAGCGUUUUGAAGAUACUGAGGAUGAAGCCUCUGCCGUGCGUCAAAGCUUAUCCAAGAGAAUUGCUGCCAGUCGUGGCCGCGAGGCAUCGCCACCAGCACUUCUAGAAAGUCGUAUCCGGAAGCCGAGCCCAUCUCGUCGUGUAUAUGAAAAUGACUCACGCAAGGAGGGUUUCGUCAAGCGGGAUCAUGAAGACGGUGCUACAGGGCAACCAAACAAGUUCCACAGAGAGGACGGUCGUCCUCAGCGCAAGACAUUCGAUAAAGAACAUCGUACUCCGGAACAAUCGCCUAGGUUUCAAAAAGAAUUUCAAAAACCAGGCCGUGCAGCUUCUGGGAAGUUUGUCCCUCGGGAUGAAUUUCGAAAGCCCUUCCAACCAAGGCGUUUUUCUGAUGAAUCUCACCCAGGAGGUAAUAUAGGUCGACGACCUUCGUUUGAAGAUUUCAAGAAAAAGCCAUAUGGUCGGGGUCGUGGUCGUGGUGGCGGGGGUUUUCAUAAAGAAUUCCAUCCUUCCACUCGUCAUGAAAAUAAGGAGUUCUAUGCCGACACUAUGGAUGUCGAUAGGAGGCCAGAACAUACCAUUGAUACAAGGGGUAAUGAUACGAGGUAUUUUGUGGUAAAAAGUUUUAAUCACGAUAAUGUGACAAUGGCGCAAAAAGAUGAACUUUGGGCAACGCAAAAGAAAAACUCGGAGAUCUUUGAUGAAGCCUUCAAAACUUCACGUGACGUUAUAUUAGUCUUUUCUGUCAACAAAAGCGGGAAGUUCCAAGGCUACGCCCGUAUGGAAUCUGCCCCUGGAACAGCAUCGGUUCCUAUCUGGGCCAAAAACCUUCUCUGGGAAUCUUCUGGGCCGUUCCGCAUUCGCUGGAUCACUAUUUGUGACAUUAGCUUCCACCGAGUAGCACAUCUUACCAACCGGUUGAACGAGGACCAACCGGUCCUUAUUGGACGUGAUGGGCAGGAAAUCGAUACUGAUUGUGGUGCUGCUUUGUGCAAGCUAAUCGAUGAGAGCGCUGCUUUCCGUCGCUCCUAUACCGAUAAUGGUGCUGGAAAUUAA